UUGCUACGAACUCCACGUGUUGUAACUACGAAAUUCUGAGUCGUAUUAAUAAUGAAAUAUUUUUUUCGAUAUUUUAUAAAUGUCUAUUUCUGUUGACAUACAGGAUUAUUCAAUGGACUGCUACUUCAGGCAGUAUUGGCGCGACACCCGCCUGUCAUUCCUCGGUCCCAUCCGCUCUUUGUCACUCUCUAUCAAGAUGCUCGAAAGGAUUUGGCGACCAGACACGUAUUUUUAUAACGGGAAACAUUCCUAUGUCCACACUAUAACUGUACCAAAUAAAUUGUUGAGGAUUAGUCAGCACGGAGAUAUUUUAUAUUCAAUGAGGUUGACCAUCAAAGCGAAAUGUCCCAUGGAACUCCGUAAUUUUCCGAUGGAUCGACAAUCUUGCCCUCUUAUUCUCGGGAGCUAUGCGUAUUCAAACCAGCAACUAGUGUACCAGUGGCAAAACUCUCAGAGCGUUAACUUUGUUCCCGGAAUGACUCUUUCACAAUUUGACCUCAUCAGCUUCCCUUACAGAAACUUCACUUUCACUCGUCGAGAAGGUGAAUUCUCUGUGCUCCAAGUGUCGUUCAAUCUUCAGCGACACACGGGCUAUUUCCUCAUACAGGUGUACGUGCCAUGCAUACUUAUCGUGGUCCUUUCUUGGGUGUCUUUUUGGAUUCAUCGUGAGGCCACUUCGGAUCGAGUUGGGCUUGGCAUAACAACAGUGCUGACGCUUUCUACGAUCAGUUUAGAUUCUCGAACAGAUCUUCCUAAAGUGAGAUAUGCAACUGCUCUUGACUGGUUCUUGUUAAUGAGCUUUUUCUACUGUAUUGCAACACUACUGGAAUUUGCAGGAGUACAUUAUUUCACGAAGGUUGGUUCCGGUGAGAUUGUGAUUGACGAUGCAGAGUGGGAGGAGCUUAUAGAAGAAGUGGGUGGCGACGCUUUUGCUGCGAGACAACUUGCUGUGCGCAGACGCAGCUCCGCGCGAUCUACCACUAAUUUUAGCUUCACCUUACCAGCUCAAAGCAACACAGACGAGGGCGGAACAACUGAGCACCCAGCUGUACGGUUGACAAUGGAGCGCACCACACAGACGGAGAGGCGAGUGCCGCGCUGGCGCCAGCUACUCUACUGCCUGGCCGGCGACGACCGCUACAGAAGGCAGAGGCAGGUCGAAGCUGGUAGUCGAGGCCACAUAAACAGCGUGUCCCACAUCGACCGGGCCGCUAGGGUCAUGUUCCCAGCCUCCUUCGCUCUGCUCAACCUGUUCUAUUGGAUGGUGUACGCGUUCUCCAGCGACGACUUUGCUUGGAGUGACAACCCUAUGAACACUUUGUCACAUUGAAGAAUACCAACUAUUAUAAUAGAUUGUGGAGAAUCGGUUAUCCCUAUUCGCCAUAUUUCGACCAAGUUUUUACAUGGUUCAUGUAGGGUUUGCAUCCCAAAACAUCUUGUGUCUCACUAGUCCCUGUACACCUGUUUAUAUUACGACCUCUAUAAGUUGGAAUAAAAAAGUCUUUACUGUACUAGGCAAGCCACAAAGAAGAGUAGUUUAUAUGUAUUAAUAGGUAUUUUGUAGGUAUCUAUUACAAAAAAAGAAACAAUUUUAUCCGUACAAAAUUAUUAGUUCAAAAUAUGGCCUGCGAUUUAGUAGCGUGGAAUAAAUAAAGAAGCACCUUUUCAAAAAUAAAACCUUGUAUAGAUAUCGCCUUAACUCCGAGACGUUUCCUUUAUUGUAUUAGUACCUGUAGGGUCUUUGUAUGAUCAUUAAUUAAUUCUUAUGAAAUGAACAUCCAUAUAAUAGUAUGCAACAUCCAAACCGAAGAUAAAAGUUACAUUAUUAAAAAAAUACUUGUAAUUUAUUCUCAAUUUCAUUCUUAAAUAAAUAAAUAUAGUAAUUAUUAAAGGUAGAAAAUAAACAGACAUUAUGUGUUUCACGUGUUUUAUUAUAUUCAAAAACUAAAGCCAUUACAGGUAUAGUGAAUCUUGUUGAAGUCGGAACUCAUGAACACUUUGAUCUUACGAUUAAUAAAUACAUUGUUUUAUUUAUAUUUCGUUAAAAAAUAUAUAAGUUUACUAAGUAUAAAACAUUAGUCUCGCCUGGGGGCGUUAGUUACCAGAACAACAAUUCAGGGAAAAUGACUGAGUCGUGACGAUAAAGAGUACAAUGGGCCAAAAAA